AUGUCGGAUACGCGGCGGCGAGUGAAGGUCUAUACCCUGAACGAAGACCGGCAAUGGGACGACCGAGGCACCGGGCACGUCUCCUCUACCUAUGUGGAGGAGCUCAAGGGGAUGUCGCUGCUGGUUCGGGCAGAGUCCGACGGAUCACUACUCUUGGAAUCAAAGAUAAAUCCAAAUACUGCAUAUCAAAAACAGCAGGAUACAUUAAUUGUUUGGUCAGAAGCUGAAAACUAUGAUCUGGCACUAAGUUUCCAGGAAAAAGCUGGCUGUGAUGAAAUCUGGGAAAAAAUUUGUCAGGUUCAAGGUAAGGAUCCAUCAGUGGAAGUCACACAGGACCUUAUUGAUGAAUCAGAAGAAGAACGAUUUGAAGAAAUGCCUGAAACCAGUCAUCUGAUUGACCUACCCACAUGUGAACUCAAUAAACUUGAAGAGAUUGCUGACUUAGUUACCUCAGUUCUCUCCUCACCUAUCCGUAGGGAAAAGCUGGCUCUGGCCUUGGAAAAUGAAGGCUAUAUUAAAAAACUACUGCAGCUAUUCCAAGCUUGUGAGAACCUGGAAAACACUGAAGGCUUACACCAUUUGUAUGAAAUUAUUAGAGGAAUCUUAUUCCUAAAUAAGGCAACUCUGUUUGAGGUUAUGUUUUCUGAUGAGUGUAUUAUGGACGUCGUGGGAUGUCUUGAAUAUGACCCUGCUUUGGCCCAGCCAAAAAGGCACCGAGAAUUCUUGACCAAAACUGCGAAGUUUAAGGAAGUUAUACCAAUAACAGACUCCGAACUAAGGCAAAAAAUACAUCAGACUUACAGGGUACAGUACAUUCAGGACAUCAUUUUGCCUACACCAUCAGUUUUUGAAGAGAAUUUUCUUUCUACUCUUACGUCUUUUAUUUUCUUCAACAAAGUUGAAAUAGUCAGCAUGUUGCAAGAAGAUGAAAAAUUUUUGUCUGAAGUGUUUGCACAAUUAACAGAUGAGGCCACGGAUGAUGAUAAACGGCGUGAAUUGGUUAAUUUUUUCAAGGAAUUUUGUGCGUUUUCUCAGACAUUACAACCUCAAAACAGAGACGCAUUUUUCAAAACUCUGGCAAAGUUGGGGAUUCUUCCUGCUCUUGAAAUUGUAAUGGGCAUGGACGAUUUGCAAGUCAGGUCAGCUGCAACAGAUAUAUUUUCUUAUCUAGUAGAGUUUAGUCCAUCCAUGGUCCGAGAAUUUGUAAUGCAAGAAGCCCAGCAGAGUGAUGACGAUAUCCUUCUUAUUAAUGUCGUAAUUGAACAAAUGAUCUGUGACACUGAUCCUGAGCUAGGAGGUGCUGUUCAGUUAAUGGGACUUCUUCGUACUCUAAUUGAUCCAGAGAACAUGCUGGCUACAACCAAUAAAACUGAAAAAAGUGAAUUUCUAAAUUUCUUCUACAACCAUUGUAUGCAUGUCCUCACAGCACCACUUUUGACCAAUACUUCAGAAGACAGACGUGAAAAGGAUAAUAUAGUUGGAUCUAACAAAAGCAGCACGAUUUGUCCUGAUAAUUAUCAAACAGCACAGCUGCUUGCCUUAAUUUUAGAACUACUCACAUUUUGUGUGGAACAUCACACGUAUCACAUAAAAAACUAUAUUAUGAACAAGGACUUGCUAAGAAGAGUCUUGGUCUUGAUGAAUUCAAAGCACACUUUCCUGGCCUUGUGUGCUCUUCGUUUUAUGAGGCGAAUAAUUGGCCUUAAAGAUGAAUUUUACAAUCGUUACAUCACCAAGGGAAAUCUUUUUGAGCCAGUUGUAAAUGCUCUUCUGGAUAAUGGAACUCGGUACAAUCUAUUGAACUCAGCUGUUAUUGAGUUAUUUGAAUUUAUAAGAGUGGAAGAUAUCAAGUCUCUUACUGCACAUAUAGUUGAAAACUUUUAUAAAGCACUUGAAUCGAUUGAAUAUGUUCAGACAUUCAAAGGAUUGAAGACUAAAUAUGAGCAAGAAAAAGACAGACAAAAUCAGAAACUGAACAGUGUACCAUCUAUAUUACGUAGUAACAGAUUUCGCAGAGAUGCAAAGGCCUUGGAAGAGGAUGAAGAAAUGUGGUUUAAUGAAGAUGAUGAGGAGGAAGGAAAAACAGUUGUGGCACCAGUGGAAAAAUCUAAGACAGAAGAUGAUUUUCCAGAUAGUUAUGAAAAAUUCAUGGAGACUAAAAAAGCAAAGGAAAGUGAAGAUAAGGAAAACCUUCCGAAAAGGACAUCUUCUGGUGGCUUCAAAUUUACUUUCUCCCACUCCACCAGUGCUGCUAAUGGAACAAACAGUACAAACAGCAAAUCUGUAGUGGCUCAGACACCACCAGCAAGUUCUAAUGGAUCCUCUUCCAAAACUACAAACUUGGCCACAUCUGUAACAGCCACCAAGGGAAGUUUGGUUGGUUUAGUGGAUUAUCCAGAUGAUGAAGAGGAAGAAGAAGAGGAAGAAACAUCUCCCAGGAAAAGACCUCGUCUUGGCUCAUAA